AUGACACGCUUUCGGAGUAUUUUCCGGUUGACCAUCCCACAACUUUGGGCUACUACCUACUCCGGCCGUCUCGUCUCUGUGGCUGCGAUAGUGGCAGUCCCAUUGUCGCCGUCCAAGUCCGACAAGUCAUUAUUGUCUCCUUUAUUCGUAUAG